AUGGCAGGCACAUUACAUCCAGACAGAGAAUUACAACGAUUCAACACCGCAAAAGAAAAACUUGGCCACUACUUCCGUUUCAAACCUAAAUCAGCUGCUUUUAAUAUUGUGUUUAUGGGUUUAGUACCCAUUGGAUUAACAUUGUGGGCAUACAAUUACGAGGGUGCCAUUUCAAUAACGGAUAGAUUGAGAAAGAAGCCGGUUUUGACUACUGAUUAUGUGCCUAGAGAUAAGGACUUGUAA